AUAUACAUGACUAGCAUUUGAAACAAAAAAUAUUUUAAAACAAAAUUUGUUCGGAAGCCAAGCAUUCAGGCAGUGACUGCCAAACGACGUUGAUGUGCAUUGAGCUGCGUGCGCAGUGCGUGUUUAGAAUUAAAGCUUUAGUGUUCGACAAUAACUUAGCAAUUUCAAUACUUUUCGAAAAAAAAUAGUUUGCGUGCUAUAAAACAUUAAAUAUGUCACAACCCACUAUCGACUCAGAAAGCAUCGCAAUCACAUCUCAACCAGUAGCAUCACCUCCUCCAACGCCAAAGCGAAAGGUGAGCAUCGCUAAUGAUCCAGUAAGCGAGAGUCGCUACGAUAACUUGGCCUUUGAGCCUUGUUCCAAGCGAAAAACUUCUCAGACAGAUCACUCAGAACUGCAUCACAAUGCAAUUCCAACGCGAAAGCGAAGUAUUCUCGUUAAUGGAGGACAAGGCUCGCACGGCGACGGAGAGUCAAUUUACAGUCAUAAUUCACAUGAUAUUAAAACUUUAAGUGAAAUCAAGCACAAACCGUCAGAUCCUGACUUGAAUAGAAAAACACAGAUUGAACAUUCAUGGAUAUACACAUUUUGCAUAAAAUGUCGCGGCGAAGAUGAUACACCGUCUUGGGAGCCUCCUUAUUGGCAACAAGUAUGUCCAUUUCCACUGUGCCCCACAUUUCGCCAGUUUGCGAGACUGUGGUCAAUUAUUAUAAUCGGAAUCAUUGCAUGGAUAGCUCUAUACGUAAUAGUGGGUGAUACUGCAGCCCCCGGAGGUCCACUCUUUGGCCUGGUAGUCUUAGUGGUGGCGUCGAAUUUUGGUGGCUUCCUCAUGUCACUCACAACUAUGCCCAGACUGAUUGGCAUGCUAGCGACUGGAAUCCUUUUUCAGAAUCUUGAAUUGGUAAACCUUGGUUCGAGCACAGCUGAAAUAGCAGGUGUAACCAGUUACAUACGAAAAUUUGCACUUGUCAUAAUUCUGAUACGAGCAGGCUUAGAGAUGGAUCACGACGCAUUCAAGAAGGUUUGGGUAACAAUAAUUAAACUGGGUCUCGUACCAUGGACAGUUGAAUGUGUGCUGUGUGCAGUGCUAUCACAUUUCAUUUUUCAUAUGGAUUGGAUAUGGGCGUUCGCUUUGGGCUCCAUCAUUGCUGCCGUUAGCCCAGCGGUAAUAGUUCCCUGUCUUUUCCGACUUCGAACCAAAGGUUACGGUGUUGCAAAGGGGAUACCAACAGUUAUUGUUGCCAUAAGUGGUAUUGAUGAUGCAGCGUCUGUUGCAAUAUUUGGCAUUUUGGCAAGCAUUAUUUUCGGAACCGGUGGGUUAGCGUACCAAGUGAGCCAAGCACCGGUUUGCAUCAUAGGUGGUCUCUUGUUUGGUGUUGUUUGGGGCACUUUGAUGAAAUUCAUUCCAGAAAAAGGUGACCCUUACGUUAUCCCAAUAAGAACUCUAAUGCUUUUUGCCGGUGGAAUUUUGGCUGUUUUUGGAAGUGAACACAUUGGAUAUGAGGGAGCAGGACCAUUAGGAGUUGUCUUCGCUGCCUUUAUUGGUAACUACUUUUGGUGUAAAGAAGGUUGGGAGGUCGAAGAAAAUCCAGUGGGUACGGCAUUCGAAAUUUUCUGGAUGUUCUUUGAGCCCGCUUUAUUCGGUGUAACCGGCGCCAGCAUAAAAAUCAACGAACUUGACAGCCAUGUGGUUACAAAUGGUGUUGCCAUUUUAGUUGUAUGUGGAGUGGUUAGGAUUUGCGUUACAGCUUUGAUCGCAUUCGGCGACAAUUUAAAUUUUAGGGAAAAGAUAUUUGUUUCGUUGGCUUGUAUGGCAAAGGCAACAGUACAAGCAGCUCUAGGACCCGUUUGUUUGAAACGGUUGAACAAUGACAGUACAUCCGAAGAGAGACAUUAUGCAGAACUUAUCCUUAUGGUCUGUAUUUUGAGCAUUGUAGUAACAGCACCGAUUGGAGCGAUAUUGAUAUCGAUCACAGGACCGAGGCUAUUGACCAAAACUAAACAAUUGCCACCAACCGAAGGUUGGCGUCGAAGUCAUCGUCCCUCCUUAUAUGACAUCAGCAUUAUUGACGAAAAAGAAGAACGGGAAGAUCCUGAGAUGCAGGAAGACGUGGAAACAGUCGGAAAUACAAAUUCCAAUGCUAAUAAAACUGUUUAUUCCAUAACGAAAUAAAUUUGGCGUAUUGAAACUAUGCUAUUUAACAUCAUAAAGAUGUUAUAUUAAAAUUGCAAAAAGAGAAGAAUUGCUGCAAGUCCUCAUAUAUGCAAUAUAUCGAACGUAGAUUUGGUCAACAGGAACCUCCAGUUAAUUAGACAAUAAUCUCUGCUGUAGAUAUAAAUAGUAAAUGGAAUUAUGUUUUUUGUUGUUGUUGUUGUUUUCGUAAAUACAUCAACAUUACCAUUGGAAAUAAACAUUUUAAUAUAAAGAAAA